UUUUAUUCUACUUAAUAAUAUAUGGGUCAGUGAAAUGGCAAGAGCUCAGGUGCUAAAGCACCUGAAUUCAAGAACUUUGAUGAUAGAAGUAAUUCAUCAACCAUGUCCUCACCUACUAAGAGGAGCUCUAUAUUUUCUGAAAGGAGAGAGAGGUUCAUUCUUAGCCCAGGGAACUCAGACCAGAUUAAAAAGAAGUACAAUGUAAGCACCAAGGCGCUUGGAAAAGGGUCUUUUGGGAAAGUAGUAUUGGCCACAAAUAACUGAGACGCUAGCAUCAAGGUCGCAAUAAAAUCUUUAUCUAAGAAGAAACUUAAUGAUGAGAUGACUUCCAAGAUUAUGGAUGAGAUAAAGAUAGUCCAAGGCCUUGAUCACCCAAAUAUAGUGAGUUAUCUUGAAACUUAUGAAAGCGAUAAACAUAUCUAUCAAGUCAUGGAAUAUUGCAGUGGAGGAGACUUACUCGAUAGGCUUACCAAUUCUUCUGAUGAGUGCUUAGAAGAGGAGGAAGUUAGAAAAAUUAUGAAAAAGUUAUUCUUAGCUAUUAAUCAUUGACACCUAAAUGGAGUCGCCCAUAGAGACCUAAAACUUGAAAAUAUUUUAUGUAAAUCAGAUGAUGAGGAUGAAAUUAAAAUUAUUGAUUUUGGACUUAGCAAGCUACAAGACUCUUCUUUUGCUGAAAUGAAUACAGCCUGAGGUUCUCCAAACUAUGUAGCACCAGAAGUGAUUAGCCAACCUUCUUAUGGGCGGGAAUGCGAUAUAUGGUCCUUAGGAGUAAUAGCAUACUUACUCAUUUGUGGUAAUUUCCCAUUUGAAGGAUCCAAUGUGAUGGAGGUAUAUGGAAAUAUCCAGCAAAAUGAAGUCAGUUUUGAAGAAUCUCAGUGGGUUAAAUCUACUCCUGCAUGCAGAAAUUUUAUAAAACGCUGCCUAACUAAAGAUAAAGAUCAAAGAAUGACGUCUGGAGAUGCCUUAAAAACAAAUUGGUUGUCAGAAGACCUCUAUAUGAAGGAGCGAAGGUUAUCAGAAGAGGUAAUAGAUGCCUUGAAGAAUUAUAAAGCCUCUUCUAUUCUCAAAAGAGAAGCCUUAUCAGUUCUUGUAAAGCUACUCAGUGAAGAUAAGAUUAUCGAACUGAAGGAAAUAUUUAAGGAGAUUGACAUAAACUGCACUGGUACCAUCUCAGUAGACGAGCUCAAACAAUCUCUAAAAGAAGCUGGUAUCAAAAUGAAAACGUCACAAGUCAGAAAAAUAGUCCAGAAUCUUGACUAUGAAGAAAACGGUGAAAUCAAUUAUAGUGAAUUCCUUGCUGCCACAAUUUCACUAAAAGACACUGAGGAGGCUGAUUCCCUUCUCUGGGUUCUCUUUAAACACUUUGAUAUCGACAACAGCGAUAGUAUCACUCGUGAAAAUAUCUCAGACGCUCUUCUAAAAUCAGGGAAGCGAAUAUCAAAAAGUGACUUAGACAUGAUAUUUAAAAAGCAUGAUAAACUAAAAGCCGGAGAGAUAUCAUUCGAGGACUUUAAAGAUAUGCUUUCUCAUCUCUCCGCAAACCCCGAGCACUAACUCCUCCUAUAUCAACACUUAAUAAAUUUGUUUAACUCCCGUAAUUUACAAACAACUCU